CUGUGACGCGGCCGCCGGCCCCGGGGCUGGGUACUUUGUCGCGCCGCCGCUUCCCCCCGGCCGGGCCCCCGCCAUCCCGCGUUCCACGGAGCGCCAGGCCCCCGGGGGGGAGGGAGGGAGGAACAAGGGCCGGUGGACGCCAGCGGCGGACGGCGGGACCCACGGAGCCCCGCGACCCGCCGAGCCUGGAGCCGAGCCGGGGCGGGGAAGCCGGCUCAAGCCCGGAGCAAACUUCCCAGCCGGACGGGGGGCGGCGGGGACCCCGUCCGGAGCCGGAGGAGGGGGCGGCCGCGGGCCCUCCCGCCUCGGCUCCCGCGUCUCCGGGCACCAUGCUGUCCAACUCCCAAGGCCAGACCCCGCCGGUGCUGUUCCCCAACCCGCCGCCGCCGCCGCAGCCCCCCGCCCCGACCCAGCCUCACCCCCCGGCCCAGCCGCCGCCGCCGCAGCCCCCGCAGCAGUUUCCCCAGUUCUACGUCAAGUCGAGCCUGCAGAUCAAGAAGAACGCCAUCACCGACGACUACAAGGUCACCACCCAGGUCCUGGGACUGGGCAUCAACGGGAAAGUUUUGCAGAUUUUCAACAAGCGGACCCAGGAGAAAUUUGCCCUAAAAAUGCUUCAGGACUGCCCCAAGGCCCGCAGGGAGGUGGAGCUGCACUGGCGGGCCUCCCAGUGCCCACACAUUGUCCGCAUCGUGGAUGUCUAUGAGAAUCUGUAUGCGGGGAGGAAGUGCCUGCUGAUUGUCAUGGAGUGUUUGGAUGGUGGAGAACUCUUCAGCCGAAUUCAAGACCGAGGAGAUCAAGCAUUCACAGAAAGAGAAGCAUCAGAAAUCAUGAAGAGCAUUGGUGAGGCCAUCCAGUAUUUGCACUCAAUCAACAUUGCUCAUCGGGAUGUCAAGCCUGAGAAUCUUUUAUAUACUUCUAAAAGGCCCAACGCCAUUCUGAAACUCACUGAUUUUGGCUUUGCCAAGGAAACCACCAGCCACAACUCUUUGACCACUCCUUGUUAUACGCCGUACUAUGUGGCUCCGGAAGUGCUGGGCCCAGAGAAGUAUGACAAGUCCUGUGACAUGUGGUCUCUGGGUGUCAUCAUGUACAUCUUGCUAUGUGGGUAUCCCCCCUUCUACUCCAACCACGGCCUUGCCAUCUCUCCGGGCAUGAAGAGUCGCAUCCGAAUGGGCCAGUAUGAAUUCCCCAACCCGGAAUGGUCAGAAGUAUCAGAGGAAGUGAAGAUGCUCAUUCGGAACCUGCUGAAAACAGAGCCCACUCAGAGAAUGACCAUCACAGAGUUUAUGAACCACCCCUGGAUCAUGCAAUCAACGAAUGUCCCUCAAACCCCACUGCACACCAGCCGGGUCCUGAAGGAGGACAAGGAGCGGUGGGAGGAUGUCAAGGAGGAGAUGACCAGUGCCUUGGCCACAAUGCGUGUUGACUACGAGCAAAUCAAGAUAAAAAAGAUUGAAGAUGCAUCCAACCCUCUGCUUCUGAAGAGGCGGAAGAAAGCUCGGGCCCUGGAGGCUGCAGCCCUUGCUCACUGAGCCUCUGAGCACCCUCCUGCCCCACUGGAGGAAAAGCAAUAACUCUCUACAUGAAUAUAAUUUUUAAAAGAAGAGACACAGACAUGUCCACUUAUGCCUCCCUUCCUCCUUUGCUGCAUGGAGCCUAAUAUCUUGCCAGCAGCAAAAUUCUGACCCUUUGGCAUCACCUGCCUUGGUUCUGGCCAACCCUGGAGAGGCUGGGAGGUUGGGAGGGUGAGGAGAGAAGGGAGCAAGAUGCUCUUGAACCUGUGCUCAUCUUGCAGUUUUAUCAGUAAUUUGACUUUGAAUUUUUAUGAAACCUUUUAUUGUCCUUUCUCCUACUCCUCCUCCUUUUUCCCCAAACCCCUUCCUUCCAGGAUACUGCAAGGGUUUGGGGUUUGUUGAAGGGUAUUUGUGGAAACCAUUAUAGGGAGCGUCCCUGUGUUGUCGCAUCUGCCUUCCGUUUCCCCACUACAGCCUGAGGUCCCACUGGCUGAGGUGUUCUGGAAGCUCAAGGCUACGGAGGGCUGGGGCCUGGAUGCUGCCCACCUUCUCCACCUGGAGCCCUCAGACAUCACCAGUGUGCUGAGCAGAUAGGAGUGAGUGAGUGAGUGAGUGUGUGUGUGUGUGUCUGGAGCCGUGUAGGCAGAGCCAGGGCAGGCAGGGCUGCAGAAGGGGCCCUGCUGUGGCUCAAGAACCUUUUCCUUCCUUGGGCCUGCCCUGCCCAUGUUGGGCCCGCAAAAGUGCCUGGGAAGCCUAUCCAGAUUUUGAACCAGGCCCUCUGUAGCCUGUCUCUGCUGCCUAAAUGCCAGGAGGUACGGAGGAGUGACUGAGGCACUGGCACAGCAAUCAGGAAGACUGGACCCCCUUCUCCCCAUUUAGUGUUGGUCCUCCGUCUCCUGAGGCGCUGAUCUACCAGGUAACCUCUCUACUUUCUGCCAUGAUUAACCCACUGUUUAUUUCUCUUAAAAUUUUAGCCAUUUCUCAGUGAGCUGCCUCUCAGCUCACCUGGGUGAGCCUGGGGAAUUUAUGGGGACACAAAGAUUUUACAUUUCCUGUGUCUCCCCUGGGCUCUGAGGGCAUUGGCCGGCUACCCCUGUUGGGUAAAGGCAGGACCACUUUUGUGGUUCCCCUCUCAGAUUUCCAUUGUGUGGCCUAGCUGGGGUGGCAGUCUUCUCACCAAAGAUGUCCUGACUUUGCCCCCUUUCUCAUUAGCCACUUCACGUCCCACCCCCCACCAAAAGAAACACAAGAAAACGGCUCAGCUUCAUGUGUCGAGGCCAGUGAGGGGAGGGUGGGCCCUCCUCAGUGUUAAUGAGGAGCCACAUGGGGGGAGGCCCUCUGUGCCGUGGUCCCUGUCGUGUCCCCUCUUCCGUUUGCGGGGAUGGGGUGGCAGUAGUACUUCAGCUUUCAUCUCCUUCAGGGGCAGGGUGGUGAGGGGCACCGAGGUCUUCUCUGGACGUGGGGGAAGGGCUCCGAGCGCCCGAGGCAACUCCCUUGUCUCUGAUGGUGUGUCCAGCACUCAGAUUGUUGUAAACUGUUGUUUUGUAUGAUCGAAAUUGUCUUUACUAAACAGAUUUAAUAGUUGAAA